GUCGGCGGGGUAUAAAGGGGGUGGCUGGGCCACCGCCAGGUGGAGAACGAGGGGUUGAGGGCUCGUGCGCGUCGGCAGGCCACGUGGCGAUGGGGGGCAGCGCGCGGAACCCGGGGGCCCUGCAAGGGGACAACGCUUCCGGCCAGUCUCCAUACCAGAGGUUAAGUCGGAGGAUGCGGGACAUUUCCGGGGACCGGGGCGUGUUGAAGGACGUCAUCCGAGAGGGUGCUGGAGAGCUGGUGACACCCGAUGCUUCCGUGCUAGUGAAAUAUUCCGGAUAUCUGGAGCACAUGGACAAGCCUUUUGAUUCUAAUUGCUUUAGGAAAACUCCUCGCUUGAUGAAACUUGGAGAGGAUAUUACACUUUGGGGCAUGGAGCUGGGCCUUCUGAGCAUGCGGAGAGGAGAGCUGGCCAGGUUUCUGUUCAAACCAGCCUAUGCCUAUGGAACGCUGGGCUGCCCUCCCUUGAUCCCCCCAAACACUACUGUCCUGUUCGAGAUUGAGCUGCUUGACUUCCUGGACUCCGCUGAGUCAGACAAGUUUUGUGCCCUUUCAGCUGAGCAACAAGAUCAGUUUCCGCUUCAGAAGGUCCUAAAAGUGGCAGCUACCGAACGGGAGUUUGGCAACUAUCUUUUCCGCCAAAGUCGUUUCUAUGAUGCCAAAGUGAGGUAUAAACGGGCCUUGCUGCUGCUUCACCGGCGAUCAGCACCCCCUGAAGAGCAGCACCUGGUGGAAGCAGCCAAGCUUCUUGUCCUCCUUAACCUGUCCUUUACAUACCUGAAGCUGGAGCGGCCUGCCACGGCCCUGCGUUAUGGAGAACAGGCUCUGAUCAUUGACCGGAAGAAUGCCAAGGCCCUCUUCCGGUGCGGACAGGCCUGUCUUAUCAUGACUGAGUAUCAGAAGGCUCGAGAUUUUCUAGUCCGAGCCCAGAAGGAACAGCCCUUCAAUCAUGACAUCAAUAACGAGCUGAAGAAACUGGCCAGCUAUUACAGGGACUACACAGAUAAAGAGAAAGAAAUGUGUCACCGAAUGUUCGCUGCUUAUGAUAAUGGCUCUACAGUAGGAGAAAAUUGAAGGACUCCUGUUGGUUGGAUGUUAGACCUUCUGCAGGGAUCCUCUAUAUCCUUUAUGUUUCUUUACAUUUUUUAAAAUACUUAUUUUUGAGAGAGAGUACAAGCAGGGGAGGGGCAGAGAGAGAAAGAGACACGGAGACACAGAAUCUGAAGCAGGCUCCAUCCACACCCUGAGCUAUGAGCACAGAACCCAGUGAGGGACCAUGGAACUCCCUCCCAAACCAUGAGGUCAUGACCUGAGCCCAAGUCGGACGUUUAACUGACUGAGCCACCCAUAAACCUUUACGUUUCUGUAAAAUUGUCUCUCUUAACUCCCUCACUGCCCUGCCUCCUGCCAGGAAACAUACCUCAUUUCCAACUCUCUCCUGUUGGCUUUUUUUCAUUUCAGCAAAUAUUUGAAACCACGAGAUCUUUUCAGAUUUCCCUCUUUUAUAGUUUCCCUCUCUCUCCACCUUUGUAUGAUGAAAUAUCUCAAACUUAGACAAGUAGAAUAAUAGGAUUUCCCCCAUGUAUUCAGCAUUCAGGUUUAAUAGUAUCAACAUAGAACCAGUGUUUCCAUCUGUGACCCCACCCAUUUCUUCCCCACCCCUAGCACUGUUGGGGUGAUUUGAAGUGGAUCCUAAUAAUACUGUCAUUUCAUCCACAAGGAUUUCCCAUUUCCUUAUGUACCUCUAAAAGAUAAGGACCAUUCUUGCACAUUUUGUUUUGUACUCUGAGAUGUUUAUUUUUCUGCUUACUUGCUUUCAUCUUUCUCUUUUCCAUGUUUCAUGUUGCAGACUUUCCACAGUUGUUUUUUGGUUGCCUGUUCACACUUUAGAACGUAGCAAUAGAAAAAUUGAUCAGGAGUUUUGUUAGGGGAGCCUGGCUAGCUCAGUCAGUUAAGUGUCAGACUCAUGUUUUCAGCUCAGGUCAUCUCAUGGUUUGUGAGUUUGAGCCCCGCGUCGGGCUCUGUGCUGAUGCACGGAGCCUGCUUGGGAUUUUCUCUCUCCUUCUCUCUCUGCCCCUCCUCCACUCAUGUUGUCUCUGUCUCUCUCUCAAGAUAAAUAAAUAAACUUAAAAUUAAAAACUUCUGUAUACCUGGGCAGGAUAUCCACUCACUCACUCUUAAGGCUGAGCAGGUGAGAACCAAUCAAAAUGCUUUGAGACCCUUAAAUACCAGAAGGAAGGGGAUUUGCAUUGGGCCCCAGCUCUUAACAAUAGUUUCCCCCAAAAUUUUUUCCUCAGGUGGAUUUUUCUGGCUGAAACAGUGGACACAAGUACUGCAUUAUCUUAACUGUACAUCUCCAAUUUCUAGUGAAGUUGAGCGGCUUUUUGUGUUUUUAAUUGGCUCUCUCUACUGUUCAAGCAACUUGCCUCUUGAUCUCCUUUGCCUGCUCUUGUUUUGGGUCUUUAUAGUUGAUUUGUAAAAACCCUUUUUUAUGUGAAGGAUGUUAAUUAAAUGUUAUGUAACUUGAAAUAUUC